CUGGGAAGAUGCCGGAGCGUGAAGGAGUUCGAGAAGCUGAAUCGCAUCGGAGAGGGCACCUACGGCAUUGUGUACCGGGCCCGGGACACCCUGACAGAUGAGACGGUGGCACUGAAGAAGGUGCGGAUGGACAACGAGAAAGAUGGUAUGCCCAUCAGCAGCCUGCGGGAGAUCACCCUGCUCCUGCAGCUUCGCCACCCCAACAUUGUGGAGCUGAAGGAGGUGGUUGUAGGGAACCAUCUGGAGAGCAUUUUCCUGGUGAUGGGAUACUGCGAGCAGGACCUCGCCAGCCUUCUCGAGAACAUGCAGACGCCUUUUUCAGAAGCUCAGGUCAAGUGCAUCAUCCUGCAAGUCCUCAAGGGCCUGCAGUAUCUUCAUGAGAACUACAUCAUCCACAGGGACCUGAAGGUGUCCAACCUGCUCAUGACUGACAAAGCGCCGAAGCCGAUGACCCCCAAAGUCGUCACGCUCUGGUACCGAGCGCCCGAGCUGCUGCUGGGGAUGACGACCCAGACCACCGGCAUCGACAUGUGGUAA